AUGUCUCCACCUGUUGCUAUCCAAACCCGCGGUCCUGCUACCGACAGUAUCAAAGAACCUGAAACUGCGAAACCCCUGAAUCUCCCUUCCCAGAAAGCCCCCUCUUUUGACGACCCCGUUGGCAAAUUACGUGGUGCUUUGGACAUCUUCAAACUCUACAAGGAUAUUGCUCCUUCACAACGUGCACGCAAGUAUGAACAUGAGCACUUGCUUCCUGCGUACCCUGAUUUGAAAUGGGAUCCUCUUGAGGAAGUUCCCAUUCCUGAGGAUCGCGCCUUGUUUGCCGACCCCGACUAUAUCAACUUGUUUGCGGCUGCUGAUAAUGUUGAACACUUGACACCCACUUUCGGUACUGUUUUGCAUGGUGUUCAACUUGCUGAUUUGACGGAUGCCCAAAAGGAUGAGCUGGCUUUACUCGUUUCUCACCGAGGUGUUGUCUUCUUCCGUGGUCAGUCAUCCCUCGAUAUUAAGAAACAGCUCGACCUUGGGCGCUACUACGGUCCUUUGCACAGUCAUCCCACGACUUCUGUUCCGAGGGGCUGGGAGCAGGAUCCAGAUUUGCUCAACGUUCAUGUCAUUUACGCCGAUGACACAAAGGUCACCCACUCCUCCUUCCCCCAGAGCCACCAAUGGCAUGCUGAUGUUACCUACGAAGAGCAGCCUCCGUCAUACACCUUCUUGAAACUGCUUGAUGGUCCUUAUACCGGCGGUGACACCUUGUGGAGCAGCAGCUAUGGUGUUUACGAUGGGCUCUCAUCCUCGCUCCAGAAGUACUUGGAAGAGCACACUGCUAUCCAUACUUCUGAGGAUCAAGCUAACGAUACACUGCGUGCAGGCCUUCCUGUUCGUCGCGCCGCUAUCACUACUGUGCACCCCUUGGUGCGCGUCCAUCCUGUGACAAAGUACAAGUCCAUUUACAUCAACUCUGGCUUUACCCGUCAAAUUAAUGGUGUUCCUAAAGCUGAGAGCGAUGCUAUUCUUGCUUUCUUGAAUUCUCAGAUCGCAACCAACGUCUCUCACACCGUUCGCUGGAAGUGGCAGAAGGAUGAUGUCGCUGUUUGGGAUAACCGUUCCACCACUCACGCAGCAUCUUACGCUUUCAACCCCGCUUUCCGCCAUGCUGUUCGUGUGUGCGUCCGUUCUGACCGUCCCAAACACAAGGUUGAGGGAGGUAUCUCUCAACUUGAGUGGCUUGAGAAGGAGCUUGGUUUGAAGCUGUACAACAAGAACGGCACUGGUGGCAGUUACAAUGACUAG